AUGUACUUUGAUGGGGCCAUGAAUAAGAGCAGAGCUGGUAUAGGGGUAGUUUUGGAAGCACUAAAUGGAGAACAAUUAUUAAUGUUAAAAAGGCUAUGUUUUCUAGCCACUAAUAAUGUUGCAGAAUAUGAGGCUUGCAUUUGUGGCCUAGAUGUAUUAAUAGCUAUUAGGGCUAAAAAAGUGGAGGUGUUCAAUGAUUCAAUGCCAGUGGUUUCCCAUGUUAAAGGUGUAUGGGAAUUGAAAGAAGAAAAGUUGAGGCCAUACUUAGAGUAUGCUAAUAAACUAUUAUUUAGCUUUGAGGAAGUGACUGUGAAGCAUGUGCCUAUAACUCAGAACCAGAUGGCUGAUUCUCUAACCACACUGGCAUCCUUAUGGGAGAAGGGCGAUCAGAAGCUAACCCAGCCAGUUAUCCUGAUGAGGAGUAGAAUCCCAUGCUAUGAAGGGUUAAUAAUAGCACAUUUAGAUCUAGAAGAUGAGAUGAAAUGGUAUGAGGACAUAAGAAGAUACUUAGAGGUAAGAGAAUAUCCACAAUCAACCAAUAGUAGAGAUAAAGCUACAAUCCGUAGAUUAGCCACUCAGUUCACUUUGGCUGCAGAGUAA